AUGUUUAUCAAGCAGAUCAUCAUCCAGGGCUUUAAGAGCUACAAGGACCAAACCGUCAUGGAGCCCUUCUCUCCCGGCACGAAUGUCAUCGUCGGUCGCAAUGGCUCGGGCAAGAGUAACUUCUUCGCCGCCAUCCGUUUCGUGCUGAGCGACGCAUACACGCAAAUGAGUCGCGAGGAACGACAGGCCUUACUGCACGAGGGUUCUGGGUCCGCCGUCAUGUCCGCCUACGUCGAGGUCAUCUUCGACAACAGCGACGACCGAUUCCCGACGGGCAGUAAGGAGGUCACUCUACGGCGCACCAUUGCUCUGAAGAAGGACGAGUACUCGCUUGACAAGAAAGUCGUCACCAAGACGGAUGUCACAAACCUCCUGGAAGCGGCCGGCUUCUCGAGAUCGAACCCGUACUACAUUGUGCCCCAAGGACGAGUCACCACCCUGACCAACAUGAAGGAGUCCGACCGACUGAACCUACUCAAAGAGGUUGCUGGCACACAGGUCUACGAAUCACGCCGGACCGAAUCCCUCAAGAUCAUGACGGACACCAGCAAUAAGAGAGACAAGAUUGACGAGCUCCUUGAAUACAUCAAGGAACGUCUGAGUGAGCUGGAGGAGGAGAAGGAGGAGCUGCGCGGAUUCCAGGACAAGGAUCGAGAGCGCAGAUGCUUGGAAUACGCAUAUCACCACAAGGACCAAGUCGCUACUCAAGAAGCUCUAGAAAAGCUGGAAGAAAGCCGUCAAGACGGUAUCGAGGACACCGAUGAGAAUCGCGACGCCUAUAACGCGGGCGAAAAGGUCAUUGCUGCUCUAGAUGCCGAAAUACAUAAGUUACAACAGCAGAUGGAUCUCCUCUGCGUCGAUCGUCGACAGCUCGAGGAGGAUCGACGAGAGAGUGCCAAGGCAAGAGCGAAAGCCGAGCUAGCUGUCAAGAGCUUGUCAGAUAGUAUGUCCGCUGAGGAGCAAGCACGACAGGAACACGAUGCCGAAUUGGACCAGGUCAAGAAAGCCAUAGCUUCGAAAGAGGCCGAGCUCAAGAAGUUGACACCUGAGUUUGGGAAGAGGAAGCGCAAGGAGGCAGAGGUAAAGGAGUCGCUAGACUCGGCGGAAGCCGGUCGGCAACGCCUCUUCACAAAGCAGACGCGAAGCAGUCAGUUCCGAAGCAAGGCGGAGCGAGAUACCUGGUUGAGGAAGGAGAUUGAUGAUUACAACAUGACUCUGAGCCAGCAAAAGGCAAACCGCCUAGACGCCGAUGAGGAGGUCAAGAACAUCGAGAACUCUAUCAAGCAGCUGGAUCAGGAAAUAGCCGAUCUGCGACAGAAGAACGAGGGCUUUGGGGACGAUCGUGCUGCUCUGGCUGAGGAGCACUCCCAGGCAAAAGAUGCGCUGGACAAACUCAACGAGGAGCGGAAACUGCUUCGCCGCGAAGACGAUAAGCUAGACACGGUCAUAGCGAGUGUGCGAGGAGAAAGAGAUAAUGCCGAACGUGGUCUAGAACGUACGAUGGAUCGGGAGACUUCACGAGGUCUUGCGACUAUACGGCGUCUCAAGCGCGAGCAAGAUAUUCCCGGGGCUUAUGGUACUCUGGCAGAGCUCCUAGAUGUCAGCGAGGCCUACCGAUUGCCCGUCGAACAAGUUGCUGGCGCCAGCCUGUUCCACUACGUUGUCGAUGACGAGGAGACGUCCACGUUCUUGGCAAACGCUCUGUAUAGAUCACGCGGCGGCCGACUCACGUUCAUGCCACUCUCUCGUUUAAGGCCAAAGCAUUCCAAGCUUCCCCGAGCGAACGAUGCUGUUUCGCUUAUCAGCAAGAUUGAAUACGACCCUGAGUACGAAACUGCAUUUCAGCAGGUCUUUGGUAACAAAAUCAUAUGCCCCAAUCUGACCAUUGCUGCACAAUAUGCUCGGAGUCAUGGGGUUGACGGAGUAACACCAGACGGAGACACUACCAACAAGCGGGGUGCGAUGACUGGCGGUUACAUAGACUCUCGAAAUUCGCGCCUGGAAGCUGUCCGUUCUGUGAACAAAUGGAGAGACGAGUACGACCAGUUGCAAGAGCGUGCUGCUGAGAUUCGGAAACAGAUCGAACAGAAGGACCAGGAGAUCACUCAUGCACUGGGCGAAGAGCGCAAGUUGGCGCAGAGACUCCGCCACAUGGACAACAGCUACGGUCCACUCCGAGCAGAGCUAAAUGCCAAGAACGGCCAGGCUGCUUCAACGAGAGAUCUCCUCGAAAAGGCAAUCACGCGACGAGACGCUGUCGACAGAAACAUGAAGGAAUUUGGCGACAUGAUAAGCUCUCACGAGGCAGAAUUGGCGUCGGACUUUAAGAAAGUCUUGACAGCCAAUGAAGAGGAGCAACUGGAGGAGUACAGUAGUUCAGUGCAGGAGCUUCAGAAGGAAUGGAAUGAAGUCAGCAGCAGCCGACGAGAGCUCGAGAAUCGCAAGCGAAAGCUGGAGCUAGAUCUACAGAAAAACCUCCGACUCAAACUCGACCAGCUCACUAGUCAAGCCAUCGAGACCGCUGCUAGUGGUGGCGGGAACUUGAAGGAGGCCAAACGAGAGCUCAAGAGGGCCCAGACUGCAGCAGCUUCGGUGGACAGCAAGCUUGAGACGAACGAGCAGCAAAUCGACUCUGCCGAGUCCAAGAUCGCAAGCCUGGAGAAGCAAAGGACCCAGAAGGAGACAGAGUUGCAGGACAUCGCCAGAGAGAUCGCCAAGCAACAAAAGAGUAUGGAGAAAAGCAUCCAAAAGAAGGCGCUGUUGACGAAGAGUGCGGCUCGGGUUGCUAAAGACAUUCGUGAACUUGGUGUCCUGCCUGACGAGGCUUUCGAAAAGUACGAAAGACUGGAGCGAGGCGCCAUUGAGAAGCGCCUGAAGAAGGUCUCGGAGGCUCUGAAAAAAUACAAGCACGUCAACAAGAAGGCUUAUGAGCAGUACAACAGCUUCACCAACCAGCAAGAACACCUGCUGAAGCGACGUAAGGAACUUGACCAGUCGCAGGAAUCCAUCCAGGAACUUGUGCAACACCUCGAUCAGCGGAAGGAUGAGGCCAUCGAGCGGACGUUCAAACAAGUGUCGAGGGAGUUUGCCACAAUAUUCGAGCGUCUCGUGCCUGCUGGCCAUGGUCGUCUCGUGAUCCAACGCAGGGCAGACCGGCGUGUGGACCCUGAGGACUCGGACGAGGAGCAGCGCAGCAGCGUCGAGAACUACACCGGUGUCGGUAUUAGCGUCUCGUUCAACUCGAAAGUGAUGGAUGAACAGCAGCGCAUCCAGCAGUUAUCUGGUGGUCAGAAGAGUCUUUGCGCUCUCUGCUUGAUCUUUGCCCUUCAACAGACGGAAUCCAGUCCCAUGGUCAUCUUCGACGAAGUCGAUGCCAACCUGGACGCCCAAUACCGCACAGCAGUUGCCGGACUCCUCGAGUCCAUCUCGUCUGAGGCGGGAACGCAGUUCAUCUGCACAACCUUCCGACCGGAGAUCGUCCACGUCGCCGACAAAUGCUAUGGUGUUCUUUUUAGGAACAAGAACAGCGCCAUCAACUGUGUAAGCACAGAGCAAGCACUUGAUUUCGUCGAGGGCCAGGCCCCCAGGUAG